GGUGUGGAUGAUUUGCCUUCCAUCUGAUUAGCUUAGCUUCCGGCUUCCAUGAGCCGUGGCACUUCUAUUUCUGUCUCGGGCAACUAAAACAGAGAAAAUGGAGAUUCUUUCUGCUGUGUCUUGUUGCAGCAACAUCACUCCCUCUCCCCUUGUAAAGGGAAGUGCAAAUCAAGCUCCUUCGAAGCUGAAACAUGUCGAACGAGUUAAAAAACUGCAGUUCAAGAACUUGAUUCCACCUCUAGUUGCUGCAGUCGUCGCCUUAUCUCCCAUCUGCAACACCCCAGCUCUUGCACAAACCAUUGAUAUACAGAGAGGGGCUACAUUAUUUCGACAAGCUUGUAUUGGGUGUCAUGAUGGAGGUGGAAACAUAAUUCAACCGGGUGCAACACUCUUUACCAAGGACCUUGAAAGAAAUGGGGUUGUGACCGAAGACGAUAUAUACCGUAUCACAUACUACGGCAAGGGAAGAAUGCCGGGCUUUGGCGAGAGUUGCACGCCGAGGGGACAAUGCACAUUCGGUCCGCGACUGAAGGAAGACGAAAUCAAGCUCCUGGCUGAGUUUGUGAAGGUACAGGCCGAUGAAGGGUGGCCGAAUCUAGCAAGUAAUGGGGAUUGAUUUCUUGUUUUAGCUCAAACUAUUGUAAAGGACAAAGUCCAUGAAUUUUUUUAUUAAUAAGUAGAGAGGUAUUACACUUAAA